AUGGGGUCAUCGUCGGUGAUGGAGGAGGUGCGGAAGGUGAUGGCGAUGGUGACGGAGGGCAACGAGCAGCUGCAACACGCGCAGGAGCAGGCCUCCGCCGCCAUUCGCGAAACGACGGCGGCCGCGCGGCAGCAAAUGGCUGUCAUGGAAGCCGCAGCGUCGGAGCACCUGCAGGAAGCGAAGGCGUCCUUUGAGGUGGCUCGCGAGGUGUACACACAGUACGAGGACGUUUUUUUCCACCAUUUGAAGAUGGGAGUCUAUCUGGUCUCAGAGCAUCGCGUUGCCUCCACUGCAGCGCUGCUCUCUGCCCUCGCUUUCAUCCUUCCAGGGCCACGAAAGAUGCUGUAUAGAGCAACAUUUGGCCGGUUCCAAACCCCAGAGGUGCUGGUGGAGUCUGCAGAGCGUAAGCUGGAAAGCUUGAAGCAGUCAGUGGAAGUCUUUAAGAACGACACCAAGAAGCUGCAGGAACGGGCUCAAAUGGCGGAAUCGGAGUUUCGUUCAGGCCGAGACAAGCUGAAGGCUGCAGGAGCUGAGAUGCAACGGCUGGCGGGAUCAGUACGGGCAGCGGAGAAGAAGUCCCUAGGGCUUCGAGAACUUCUCAAAGACCUGCCUGCAAGAGACAGCGUUCGGCUGCGUUCAGAGCUGGCCAUGGCGACCCGAGAGGCUCAACGACAGCUGCAUGCCAUCAACAAGGCAACCGUGCAUGUGGCGCGUCUCGGCAUCCCUAUCUAG